AAAGCCGCAAAAAACUAUAUUUUUCAGGAAAUCAUGUUUCUAAUACGUGUAUUGCUAUGUUGUGCAACAUUAUCGACUUUACAUAUCGUCCAGAGUGAAGGGUCCUGCAAGAAGCUUCCGAUAGAAAGUGGGCUAAUGUCGUCAGUUUUUAAAAACUUGGACGCAGAAUUAGCUUUAGACGGAGAUAUGGAGACCUUCUGUCACAGUGAAUUAGAAUCUGAACCUUUUAUACUGUUGAUGUUUGAAAAUAGCCGCGUCGGUGAUGUUAAGAUAAAGAAUGUUCAAGAAGACUGUUGCUGGGAUCAACUGAACGGAGCCGAAGUUUCCGUUUUAAACGACGAUAUGGACGCGAUUUUGUGUGGCUUGGUGAAAGUGGAAAAGACCGAUAAAUGCGUUACGGUUAAUUGCAAAGGUGCAGUUGGAACGUAUGUCAAAGUAGAAAUACCAGGAGAAAAGUUUUUACACAUUCGUGAAAUUGAAGUUUUCAAGAAAUGUCCCGCAGAUGAAAUGAAAGAGGAAGAGAAGAAGGAGGAUGGUGGAGAUGAUAGAUGUAGCAACGGUCUCUCAUUCUGUGAUGGAGUCUGCAAACAUAUCCACAUGUGCGGCAAAAACUACGGAUAAACGGAAAGAAGAACUUACUCACAGUCACUGCGAUUAUAUUACCAUCGAUUUUUAAAAUCUAACUGAAAACUGAGAUAUUAAAAAGAGUUGAUCUAUAAUUCAGACCAUUGGUUGAUUUAAUCAUGCUUUGCCGGCCGGCCAAAGCAAAAAACAGAAUGUCAUAUCUUGAUGAAAAAAAUGAACAUGGUGUUUAGUCUAAAGUAGGAUCAGUCAAAUUCAGAUUACUAAUUUCUGUUGGUGUUUAUAGUUAUGCUUGAAUGUUUUCUGCGAUUAACUAUUGCAUUUGAUUCAAAUUGUAAUGGUUUUUUUUAACUUUUCCAUCGGAUUGUGGAA